AUGUCUCCGACCGCCGCACGCCUCCUCAUAAUCCUCUCCCUCCUCUCCGCCGCCGCCUCCUCCAAUCCCCCCUCUGUCUACGAAGUCCUCCAGUACUACGGCUUCCCCGCCGGCCUCCUGCCCCAGGGCGUCACGAGCUACGAGCUCGACACCGCCACCGGAAAAUUCUCGGUGUCCCUGGGCGGCAGCUGCAGCUUCUCCAUCAGCGGCUACGAUCUCAAGUAUAAGAGCACCAUCACCGGCACGAUCGCGAAGAAUAAGAUCACUGAUUUGAACGGGAUUCAGGUGAAGAUUCUGUUUUUCUGGAUCAACAUAAUCGAGGUGACUAGCGCCGGCGACGAAUUGCAGCUUUCCGUCGGAAUCGCGUCAGCUAAUUUCCCGGUGGAUAAUUUCUUCGAGUGCCCGCAAUGUGGUUGUGGAUUUGACUGUGUGAACUCCGGGAGGAGGAGCAGCGGGAUUAGCUUGGUGAGGAGGGUUCUGCCGCUCGUUCAGUAUGAUUAG